AAGAUAUUUCAUUUCAGUCCAUAUUGGCGUUGCGGACAUAGCGGUACUUUAAAAUGAUUAGGGUUUCAUCUGUCAGUAGGAACCUGGUUUUAUAUAUUCUAGAGAAACGAUAGUUACGAUGGUUAGAGAAGAUUGUGGAAUCGAAGCUAAAGAAGCUGCAGUUCGUGAGGCGUAUAAAUUGUUACCCCUCCCUGAACUCUUAGCAUCAAUUUCUUCUUGGAUCAAGUCUCGUUACAUAGCUCGCCAACAGCAAAUGAUGCACCUCAGUACAAUGCUUGCAGAGCAGGUGGAUCAGACACGGUCUGCGCUAGAAGCACUUUCCUUAUCUAUCUCAAAAGACCAUAAACAGUCUAGUAGUCUACAUGGAAACUAUGCUGACAUCAAGAAGAUGUCGAGGGAAUGAUGUCAACUUCUGUUAAAGCUUCUGAAGCAAUGGAUUCUUUGAGUGAUAACAAAGAACUCAUUAACACAUUUGAGGUGCCCUUAUCUGGUCUGUGUUUUUGCCGAAAGUAGAGGUUGACAACUCUUGAUGGAAAAAGGAGAUUUGUGUUAGCAGCUGCAGGCUGCAGCAUCUCAUAAGUAAGAAGUUGGUAAGCUAAAGUGAGAUGUGAUUUUUUAGUAUUUCUUUUAUAUUUAUUCAUACUUUAAAGGAAACUUACAAUACACAUUUGAUUGAUAGAAAGCUUACGAACACUCCUCAGUAACUUACGUUACCAUGCAUGACUUCUCUACCUUAUGUGUGGAAAUGAACACCAUAACAAGUAUUAUUCGGUUACCAUUUGAGAAAUGCUACGGAUAGCUCUAUGAACCACAUAUAUAUUACUCCUGCCGUCCUUAAGUAAUUGAUCCUUUCUUAUUUGCACAACUUCUUAGGAUUUUUGAGUUUUUUUUCCUUCCACUUAUACCCUAAUACAUUCUAAUAAAGCUUAGAAGUGGCAUAUCUCUCAAACUAAACAAUAGGUAUUUGUAAAUUUUAUAUCAUUGAAAAGCUUUUUAAAAGACUUACGGAAUUACCAGAGUAAACUCUAAUUUGUAAAAAGGAUUGUUUUGGAAAUGUAUCAUAUACCAAGGAAAUAUCGAUUUGGGACAAAAAUAAAAAGGAAAAGUAUCAAUUACUUUGGAACGGAGGGAGUAUUUUUUGAAGCAUUUUUAUGUAAUGAUUAUCCAUGGCUAGAAAGUCUUAUUCAUCUGCGGUUGCACUUCCAAUUAAAUGUGAACUUGAUAUCUUCUUCUUCUGAUAGGGUUGGUAGACCUACUUCAACUACAGCAAUCUGUGUGAUUCUGGAUCUGUGUUUAUAGUAUAACUUGAGUGAGCUGGGCAAGUUAUAUUAACCUGCAACUCAGCCUAGUUGGCCACAACAUAUUGCUUUUCAUGUUUAUCAAAUGAUGCUUAAGCCUGGACUGAUCAUCUGCGUUUUUGCUGGUUAGUGAUUACUGAUUACAGUGGUAUUCUAAACCGAUUUGAUUGGGUCCAAGGUCUUGAGAAAUCAACCACUGUUUAAUACUGGUUACAGUGUAAUUUAAUUCUAUCUUCUUAAUAAUUAACAACCAAUAUUUUUUUAUCCAAUAACCUUUGUUCUUUACCAUAAACUUUUGGCAGUUCGUAAUUUGAAGAUGUAUAUGGGACGUGGGAAAUGUAUAGUAGACUACUUUAAACUGGCUAAUUUUUUUUU